AUGAGAAAGCAUCAGACUGAGGAAUGUGAAGAAAUCGAUGUGGAAUGUGAUUUUAAAUCAAUUGGCUGCAACUAUACUAAGGUUAGUGUGUUAGUACACUGUAUUGGUUGAUUUUAGUAAGGCUGACAAGACAGGCAACUUCAAUAAUGUAUGGACACUUAAACCACAUGUCUGAUAAGACUAUUACAAGACAGUCGUCUAUUGUAAGAUUAUGUUCGUACUUUAGUUCAUGCGUCCGGGAAGUGUGUCAUAUUGCUGAUUAUUAUGAAAAAAUAAACAUGAUGGCUGUGUUAACACAGAAUGAUAGCUUAUACUCAGCAUACUUCCCGUCAUCCCCUGCGCGCACAAAUUAAAAGCUGGAAUUGCCUAUUAAAAGGAUGACCAUUAUUUUCUCAGUCUGAUAACUGCAGGUUGAUUACUAUCUGUUGUACGGCAAUAGUGCUUUUAAAUAGUGAAGCCUACCUGUCGUCCAACAAAUCGUGGUCAACCUGUAGUUAUUAUGGAGUGAGAAAAUGUUUAUUCAUUUUCAUAUAUGCAGAGAUAGAUUUACUGGAAGGUGGAGGGGUGUGCUCCCUUUUUUGCCUUCGCAAACGGGUGGGGUACACUUGCCUUGCUGCCGUAGCCAGCUCUACUGAUUACGCACUUGUGAUGGUCAUGAUCAAUGGUCGAACCCAGAACGAUGGCCAAUGGUCGAUGAGUACACACCCACGCACGCACGCAUCGCCAACUGAAUCCCCAUCCCUGUAUAUAUCUAUUAGUCAUGAAAGAUAUGAUGCAGUUUAAUUUUCCUGCUUUCCAAUCAUGUUUUGUAUUUAUAAUACGACUUCAGUCCGUUAACGAAUAAUAUUAUUUAAUUAGGUGAGUAAAAGGAAAGAGCUUCGCAAGCAUUACAAGGACGCGUCUCGUUUUCACAUUCAACUGUUACUGAGGUUAAUUUCCAUACUGCAAGGCGAGAUGCAAAGUCUUGCUCCGAAAUUCGAGAAUUUUGCGACGAAGCAACUGGUUUUGGACGAAGUCAACGGAAUAAAAGAUGCAAUUUCGGCCGAAAUUAAAACCAUGGAAAGUAAAUUCUCUGCAAUGAUGGCAACUGUAAAUAGUUUAAUAAGAAGAUUGGAAAACGUGGAUUUAAAUGGAGCAAGUAGUUCUAACGGUUCAGGAAGUAACGCUGAAAUCAGACGAGUUGAGGUGAGAAUGGGGAAGGAAAUAGAAAAAUUACAAGCAAAAAAUAACAGGCUUGAAACACAACUGAGGGAAACAAUGGAGGCGAUAGAAAGAUACCAAAAUAAGAUGGAACAGAUUGAUCAAUCCGUUGCUGUUAUAACAGCCAGGUUUGCAGACCUCGAACCAAGAGAACCGUCUCAAACUAAAGUGAACUACAACGGUGUCUUACUUUGGAAGAUUCGAAGGCUACCAAAGGAAGCGACAAGAUGCUAUUAA